AGAAUUGUGUAGAUAAACAAAAACUUUAUUCCGGAGAAAAUUCAUGCGGGAGACAUGAAAUAAUCCAUUUUUUAUUUCAAAUGUCUGUUAUUGUUCUUGUUUGAUAUAAGAAUUUCCUUCACUGAAGCAUGCACGGGAAAAGUUGUUUUGGUCAGUAGUUCGGUAGUGAAUUAUUUAUUAACUCGCUUCGCUUAUUGGAAUCGGUUUUCAUCCCUUAACGGUUAUAUGAACCGGCUUUCGUAAAUAAAAAAACAAAACUCUUGAUCAGAACAAUCAUAGGUCAUACAUGUUUACUAUCACAAUCAAUUAAAAAUAUAAACAACCACCAUUCAUUCUCUUUCAGCACAGACACACGUUCCGAUGCAUUUUUCGUUUGAAUUUUACUUUCCCAAUCCAACCAAAUCAAAGUACAACUCAAUGUUAUUCUUUCCGGUAUUUCUACCUUUUUUUCCUCUAUUUUAUGCGGUUUGAUAUCAACGUGGAAAAACCGCACCGAUCAUCAUUGAAAUAACAAUUUUCCCUACGCUUACCCUCACACAGGCACACACAAUCAUUGACCGGUAGAUAAGAGAGGAAAAAACAAAAUGUCCGUUUUUUGACAAUACCAAACGUGAAAGUCUGUUGACAUCGACAGAAAAGUACAAAAAAAACCCAAACAAACAGCAACAAUUGUGUGGAAAAGCACAAAACCGAAGCAGCAGCAUGGAAAAAUAAACUAACAAAUUUUGGUCUGGUGCUAAUUGAAAAUUUAUCAUCCACCGGAGUGUGCCGGAGCCGAACGUUGAUUUUUCCAAACUGAUGGUGUUGUUGGGAGCUUCUUUUUUGUGUGUGUUUUUUUUUCUCGCUUUAUUAUCAAAUUUAAAUGCGCGUACACGUGUGUUGGUGAAUUGCGAGAAAAGCACAAUUAUUGGAACGUUUUGUUUCUGUGACUUUGGAUGGUGAAAACUGUGUGGGGUACAACAAGAAAAAAAGCUUCAACAAUGCGCUUGAAAUACACAUAACGAGUACGAGUGGGUGGUAAAAAUGUGUUCUUAGUGAAAAUGUUCUUUACUUGAAAUAUUGAAAUAGGUUUGUGAGGGUUUAAGGCAGAAGGGGGUCGGGAACAGAAGGGUGGUAUGCGUCGUGGGAAAAUGUGGAAAAAGCUUUCGUCUUUGCACGUGCUCUGACAAAAUUUGUACGCAGACAUAUGACUGCGGAGUUGCGUUAAGCAUUGUCUGGUGUGGGUUUUCCGAGGAAAACCAAACAAAACCACCCUUCCCCCCACCGCCUCCCCUCUCCUUCCGUUCUUUUGUUUUCCACUAACCAACCUUUACCGACAAUCUUUUGUUAUUAUUUCACUUUCAUUGCAAACCUCAUCACAUCAGAACACGCGGAACAUUUACACUAGAGCGUACUUUCUUCCAUUUCGCGAUGUUGUUGCAGACGGGGGCAGAUGUAAUCGACUUUCAUCAUAGUAACCUGUGAGUUUAGAAAACUGUCAGUGCAUUUUGUUAGAGUGUGUGUGUGCUUUUCUGCGAAAUCGAAAAAGAGAGCAAAAAAAAACCAUGAGAAACAACCAAUAAAGUACGCUCUAGCCCUAUAAAUUGGCCUCCAUCCUGCUAGACACACAGCGAUGCAAAGGCGUUCGAUCGAAGGAUAAAAGCUUUAUCGGCGUGGUACGGUGUAUCGGUGUUUGCUUGUGCACUAGGUAUUUCCCUUUGCGAGGUACAGUGUAAUUCAUACCCGCGCGCGUGUGUGUUUGUGUGCCUGUGUAUGUGCAUGAGUGUUUUUAUUUGUGUAAGUUUGUGAGGAGAGUGUUUACAUAUUGCUCCAUAGUAAUCGUGCGCGCGUGUAUGUGGCACACCGUUUGCUAUGUACGUGUGCCGUUCGGUGCCGGUUUUUCGUUGCAAUUUUCGUAUCCUUGCUGGUUCACCUUACGUUCGCGUGUGAGUGUGACCCGAUAAGGCAAAGAGGAAAAGCUGCCUGGGUGCCUGGGUUUAGUGUGCGAAGCUUAACAGGUUGCACUCUCCGCUCUGUGUGUUUUUGCUGUUGUUGUUGUUCCUUUACUGCUGCUGCUGUUUUCUGCAGGGCAAUCAAAUAAAGGCGGACGCGCAACGCAAGUAAUAUUGCUGCUGCAUAUCAUCUCGUGCUUCGGGAUCAAAGCAAACAUAACAGUGAAGUGGAGCCGCAGUGUGGGAUGUGUGUGUGGGUUUUGUGUGUUGUUGAUGUUAUAAAAAGCAUUUGUUUCGGUGUGAGUGCAUGUGCUUUUCCCGUUUGUAUUACCUGCAUGGUAUAACACCUUACGCCGGUGUGGUAAAUAUAAAACAGGUGCGGAAAAGAAAUAUCCUUAACCUUGCACAACUUACGUUAGAGGCAAAAGUGUACCACGAAAAGCGCCCCAAGAUGGUGUGUUCAUUCGUGCCGGCAGUGAUUAUCCUUGGAUUAGUAUCGUUUUCCCAUUCAACUGCCCUCAAUGGUACGCCGGGCGUACCGGGCAACAGUAAUAAAGCGUCCAGUGUGAACACACCGCCUAACCGACCAACCGAACCGCGGAUGCCCACGCUGGAAGGUGUCCUGACGGCGGUACUGCCAGACGAACCGAACGCCGACAGUGAACGGUUCGAUGCGCUAACGCUCGAGGAUCAGGUGCGGCUGUUGUCGAAGCAGCUGAAUGCACUAACGUACCAGAGGCGCGAGGACUACAAGAUGCUUGAGAACAGCCUGAAAAAGUAUGUGCGCAAGAACGCGGCCGAAAUCACUGACGCUCAGAUAAGGGAGGAGUUGGAUCAGCUAAGGGAGGACGUUAAUCAGCUGCGUGAGUCUAGCUCACCGAGCAAAGAGCGGCUCACCGUUCAGUGGCUGUCACAAUCGAUAUCCGAGAUCCGUUCGGAGCUGGCGGAGCUGCAGGGUUCGUUCGGUGGAGGCUCCAAGGAUGCACAGUUCCGCAACCAGCUGCUGGAAGAUCUCAGUACGCUGCGGAGCGAAUUUAGUACGGCGAAGCUGGAGCUGGAAUCACUCCGCUCGCGGCAAGAAAAAACGGAAGUGUUGGUACGCGAGCUACAGGAGGAAGCGGUCCAGAGUGCAGAUGAUAUCCGGCGCAGUCUCAACAUGCGACAUGAAAAGGAUGGCACAUCGGCACCGAGAGAUAAAUCGAUCCUACCGCAUACGAUCGAUUUCGUCGAGCCGGAAGCGGACCAUCGGAUGCGUCAUCAGCGCUUCAUUCGGCAGCAGCUGCACGAGCUGGAGGUGAAGCAAAGCGUGAUGAAGCGACAACUGAGCGAACUGCACGGCCAUCGGCUGGCGGAUCGGUUGCGUAGCGUCGAGAUCGAACAGCGACGUCUGGCAAGCGCUAGCUUCAACGUAAGCCGCCAGAUCGUGGGUCUCGAUAAGCUGCACGGUUCCAUGCUGGAACUGCUCGAGGAUGUUGAGGCGAUACAGGGCAAGUUCGAGAAGACGGUACCGGAUAUGAGGCGAGAAAUUGCCAAGGUUGAGUUUGGUGUUGCGCAGGCCGCCUCAGAACAGGGGGUUGUGCGGGAGGAGGUACACAAUGCAGCCAAAAGCAUUCAAGCGAUGGCGGUCAGUGUGAGCGCACUGCAGGAGGAACGGGACACGGUCAAGCGGUUACAGGGUGAGGUGCACGAACUGAAGGAUGAGCUGGCAAGGAUUCGUUCCGCGUCCGUACUGCACCGGGAAAUGGCACACAAUCGGCUCGAGAAGCUUGAGGCUGGCUCGAAGUCCGAUUACAACGGUACCACUGUACCGCACCGUACACUAACCGAGCUGGAGCGUACGACCAAACUUGUCCAGCAGCUCGAAUCGGUCGAGAACGAGUACGAGUCGAUCAUCAACAAGCUGCCACGGGAUUGCAGCCAGAUCGAGCGGAUGCGUACCGCCGGUACGGCCAACCAGCCCGGUGACGGUGGUCUCUACCUGAUAGCACCGGCCGAACAACAUCACCCACUAAUGACACAGUGCUUCGGCGAGUGGACCACGGUACAGCGGCGCCAGGACGGUACGGUUGACUUUAACCGGUCGUGGGAAGAGUACGCCCAAGGUUUCGGUACACCGGCCGGAGAGUUUUGGAUCGGCAACCAGGCGCUGCACCAUCUCACGCAGGACAAUUGCUCCCGGUUGCGUAUCAUCAUGCAGGAUAUCUACGAUAACACCUGGUUCGCGGACUAUGCCACCUUCCGGAUCGAUUCACGGGAGGCCGGAUUCCGGCUGGCGCUGGGCGGGUACAGUGGUAACGCAUCCGAUGCAUUCGAGUACCAAAACCAGAUGCAGUUUUCCGCGAUUGACGUCGACCGGGACAUCUCGAAUACGCACUGUGCCGGCAACUACGAGGGUGGCUGGUGGUUCUCGCACUGUCAGCAUGCGAACCUGAACGGUCGCUAUAACCUCGGGCUUACCUGGUUCGAUGCGUCCCGCAAUGAAUGGAUUGCGGUUAAAUCGAGCCACAUGAUGAUUGCCCGCCGCCCGGAGUGUGAUGCGAAUGUGACGGAGCUACCGACGGUGGAGUCGCCGGUGACGACCGGUCUUGCUGCGGCCGGUGGUCCUUCAACGCCUUCCGAUGCGUCGAGGAGUCUGCACGGUGGUGGUUCGCGACAGUACAUCACAACAACCGCACCAACGUUCUCUUAAGUUGGGAGCCACUACUAAUAAUCCCUCCAUCCCAUGCCCAACAAUAUCGACUCAAUCCAUACGUCAUUCAGUCCCGGUACCUCAGCAACACUACUCAUCUACUCAUCGCUUUAUAUGAUCGUGACAAGAUCCUUUUAUCGCCACUAAAGCAACACUAAGCUGAGGAUUAAUUCUUCCUUUCGAUUUAGGUUUAAAUUUACAUCACGAAGAUUCGAAACUGCCCCUCAGCAAAGGUAAUCAAUCGAUAUUCGCAUUCCUUUAGUGACAAUUCCAAUCGACAUUUCUUAGUAUUUGUGCAAAAUUGUGCCCAAAAAUUGGCUAACAGAAGGAGGAAGAAAACAACCGAAAAACUCAAUUUCCCAACGUUUCGCUUUUCCCACCCCGGUUUAGAGACGUUGUGACGUAAAUGGCACAAUCUAAUUGAUGGUCUCCAUCAAAGAAAUGGGCUAGCAGUAAAAACCGCCACGGAAGUAGGCGGCCCGGUAGGACAGUGAGUGUUGCGUGAUUGAAAAGUGGAGAUUACUCCGUUGAUUGGAUUGAGGUCGCCGCACGUAUUACAUUUAUUUCUUCCUCCUACCAAAAAGUGCUAUACCCGUUCGGUUUGAAGCGACCAACGCACGAAACCAAGAAUCUAUUCGGUGAGCAUUCAUCAACGUCAGUGCAGGGAAUUUUUGGUAAAAUGUUUCACUCUUACUUUCGUUUUCGUUUUUCUUUUGCUUUUGGCUCAAACUUUUCGGCCCUUUUCCCACACUUUUCCGGCGGGUGCGUUCGAAGCACUUUCGACACUCGGCGGUUUCGCUUCGCUUGCGGGAACGCUUUCGCUCCCCUGUUUCCCUGUUUACAACUAGGCGCGGAACAAAGAUGAUUUAACGCCUCCGUGACUAUCAAGAUCAUGGCGGUGGUAGUGUGCAAUGUGAUAGAGACUGCAUCGAUCUGAUUGGCGGCUAGCAAAGUGAACACACCAAAUUACCGAACAUCAACCGAAAUGGUGGUAACAAAACGAGCGCUACACAACGUUCGGUACAUUGUCUUUUGGCUCUGAAAAGAACCGGCCAAAAAGGAAACGCCAUACGCAAAAGGUUCUUGCGGCGGUGUAGAGGAGUGUCAGAAAAAAACACUCCGUAACAGGAAAUGGAGCAUCCGGAAUGCAUUAAAAGUUUCCUGUCCAGUACCCGAACCGAGCCCAUUUAUUACUUUUUCCAAUUUUUCGCACCUCGCCUCAAGCUAGGUUGCUGUUCCGCCCUUUUUUUUGGAGGGAUCUUUAACAAGAUACUUCUAGGACUUUCAUCCAUGUGUUACCAACCAUCUGGUAAUAGGGAUUUUUUAGCCUAGAAAGGCUUUACUGUUCUUAUGGAAUGGUAUGUAUGGUUCCGGGAAUCAUUCGACCGUUAGGUGCAUGUGCACACGACAGUAAUAAUGGCUGAAAAAUUAUACCACCACCAUGCUUUUUGAGCUAAAACCCCGAUUUGCUGACGUCCCCACAGGGUAUAGUGGUACGGCAAACUAACACUAACGCCAUGUCGUUUCCCAUUCGUCUUUCCGUAACUGUCAUCGUACGGUUGGGGCCGUUUUUACGAUAAAUUAUUACACCAUCACGUUGUUCCCGUUUAUCUUACCAAACCGACGGAAUUUUUUUUUUUGAAUGUAAUUUUGAAAACGUUUCUAUAUCCUUGAUUUACUUUUAUUACGAUGUAAUAAGUACGAAUGCUCGCUCCGCUUAUACUCUGCUGGCGUUACUUUAUAAAACGUAUCAAAAGUCUCAGAAUAGUCUACAUUUAGGCGCUGAUGUAUACAUUUUUAUACCGUCGAUUACAUGCAUGUCUGAUGGGAGGAAAAAUAAAUGCAUCAAGCGAAACUAAUCGAGAACAGAAUGGAACAACACGAUAAACCAAAUACCAAAGAAUUCACGACAAAAGAAGAUACGAUUCAGUUUGCUCGACGGCCAAACCCCUCUUUUGACCUGGAACUUCUGUGUAUGAGUCGUAAAAAGGAUUAGUUUCUCAAGAGAAUUAUUUCGUUUUUAAAACACUUUCCGUAACACUGAGCAAAGAAAUCAAAUUACCAAACCGUUUCGAAAUGUAUUCUAAUUUCUUGCCCUAUUACCUUCAAUAUGAACAAUAUGCCUUAUUUACUUUCUCGAGUCGAAUUUCGUACAGAAAUCCUUCAUUCUUAGCAUAUUUCCCUUCGUUGGUAGUGUGUAAGGCCGGACAAAAACAAAUGCAACAAAAAGCUGCACAAACAAACAAUAUUUGCAUUGCAACCGGUGCAUGAUGAGUGUAUAUAAACUAAUUUAAAGAAAACAAAAUACAAACAAAACAAAUUAUAAAUCGCAAAUGUAAAAAAAAGAGAAGAAAUGCAGCAUAAAACAAAAUGAUGAUCGUGAAACAUAAUUUCAUACGAUCAGUUUAAGAAAAUGAACACAAAAACCACAAUCGUACCAAAUAUUAUUAGAACAAGCGUGGACUAAGCUGGACAAACAAGCGCGUUUCGAAACGUCUGUCAUCUUUGUCCCGAUGCAUUUCACCAGAUGCACUAGUGUUAAGUUUCGCUUUAGUUUCGAUUUUGUCAUUUAGAGAGGAUUAAUUUGCUUGCUUCCAGCGAAAGAAGUCGUAAAUGAAGGGUGUUUGUGUGUAUUGGAAGCAAAAUGGCAAAAGGAAACUGUAUCAUUAUGUGAAAAACUAUGCGAGCAGAGUGUAUUUGAACUAAUGGCAGAAUAUUUAAAUGAUUUCAUCUAGGCAUAGAAAACUAAUUUGUAAGUAAGGGUGAGCUGUUUUAGGCAAAUGAUAAAAAAAUGAAAAAAACGUUAAAAAACAAUACAAUUUGAGAAACAAAAUCAACAGACUAAGUUAUUGUAUUUACUUUUAAAAAACCCGAUUGUCUUUUACUCGAUGCAUUGUAAAUAUGGAUCCCUUCAUCUUGCACGAUGAAGUAGCAGCAUUUCAGAAUGGGACAUAAAACACGCGUACCGUGUACGGAACGCAAACAUUGCGGUGUAAAUGGACCGUUGGCUCCAGAAAUUUAUGAUAGGAAACAUAAUAUUAAUGAGCGCUAGCUAAUUAACUCAGCAUCUGAACGCAGACACACAGCAUCCCCCCCCGGAUCCUUCUUGACUUCUAAAUAGAUACAAUUUGUGCGUAAAAGUAGUGAACAUCCAUCACCAUCAAAAAAAGUAAAAAAAACAUACAUCAGCACUCACAAUACCAUUAAGCAAGCGAGAAAGAAGUAAAGGAUGACAAAAGCAUAAUAAAAGUUUCGAAGACAAAAAAAAAACAAUUUAAGGGCACUAACGUCAUCAAGUGAAACAAACGAUAGUAAUUUUGCAGCCCUACAACACUGUGACAGCCGAAAAGCAUAAAUCAACAUACAAACAAACACAUGACAAGGAUAUAAUUGUAAGGAAACUGUAACAAUAAAAAAGCUAUCGAACUUUUUCUAAAAUUAA